AUGGCGCCAGUGGCGAUAAUUGCGCUCCUACCUGUGCUGAUACUACCUAUCGCCGCCGAUGAUAAUGUUGGAACGCCAGUGCCGGAAGCACAAAUACACUCACAUCUGGACCCGGUUCUAUUAGGUGAUCAUGAAGACCCCUUGCAUGGCGCAGGUGCUGUCUACCGUGAGCCGCUUCCACCACCACCGAAGAACACAACAACAAAUGAACAACCUGCUGCUACCGGAGGUGGAAAGAAGGUCUCAGUCACAGAAAUCAGCUUCGAUAGUCUAAUAGAUGACCUUAUUUGGUGUGGAAAUGACCACUCAGCAGUACUACUCAAGACACAGAGUGGAAGGUUAUACCGCUCAGGUGACGGUGGAAAGCAGUGGACGGAAAUAACACAUCUUUUCCAAGGAAAUGCACGUAACGACCCAUAUCGCGUGGACUCCAUUGUGGUGUGUGAAACAGACAGGAAUGUGGUAGUAGUAAUCGGCGACUCCAAAACACACUUCAUAUCGGGGAACGCAGGACAGAGCUUCCAACCACUAGCCUAUGAAGGAACCGUAAACAUGUGGGUAUUCCACCCAGUCAAACCUUCGUGGGCUAUGCUCAGUUCCUGGGAAGGAGCUUGCUUCGCCACGGAUAAUGACGAGGAUUGUGUUCACGCAGUCUUCGUUACGAGGGAUAUGGGAAGGUCAUUCCAACGGGUUGCUAAAUAUGUAGCACAAUUCAGCUGGGGAGAUGUUGCCGCUAAGUCGGAAGAUCGCAUAUACUAUAGUAGAUACGCACUGGAGUCAGGAGACCAACCAAAACAAGACGGUUGGAACAACAAUAUCAGCUUCAUGUAUACCGAUGACUUUGGUAGAAACAGCGUUCUUAUUAUGGAAGGAGGUAACAAGUUUUUGGUAUCUGGGAAUUACGUUUUUGUUGCUAAAGUAUCAGACCCUGUCAGACAGACGGUGAACCUGUACGUCAGUACCGACAACGCCGAAACAUUUAAUAAGGCGGUGCUUCCAGUUGAACUCGAAGAACGAAGCUACACCAUUCUAGACACAUCAGAGGGCGCUGUCAUUAUCCACGUAGGACAUGAAUACGAAGGAGGUGACACAGAAGUGGGAAACGUAUACAUCUCAGAUGCAUCGGGACUUAGAUACUCUCUCUCACUUCCAAACAAUAUCAGGGCUGCUUCGGGAGAAUGUGAAUUCGACAAGGUCUACUCCCUAGAAGGAGUCUAUCUAGCCAACUUUAGGGAUGACUCUGGUGGUGUACUGAAUCCAAGGAAUAAGUUCAAGACACACAUCGAUGGCACCAAGAGCCAACUCGAACAGAAACGCAGAAGGCAUGUACCACACAACAAAAUAGAACCUGACAUCCGUACUGUUGUCUCUUUCAACAAAGGUGCUGAGUGGCAUUAUCUCCAGCCUCCAAAACGGGACUCGGAAGGUAAAGCCUACGACUGUGAGGAAGGCAAAUGUUUUUUGCACCUACACGGAAUAACGCAAUACAAGAAUUUUGCUCCGUUCUAUUCAGUAGAACAAGCAACAGGUCUGGUACUUGCUACCGGUAACGUCGGAGACAGACUUAGUUUCGAUCCCGCUCAAGUUAACACUUUCCUAAGUCGUGACGGUGGGCUCACUUGGGUAGAGGCCCACAAGGGUGCCUUUAUCUACGAGUUCGGAGAUUACGGAGGGCUCAUAGUUAUGGCUGAAGACCAGCGUAAGACAAAAGAGGUCGUAUUUUCGUGGAAUGAAGGUGCAACCUGGUUUGACUUCAACCUUAGCAAACACGAUCUUAGCGUCAACAAUGUCGUCAUUGAGCCUAAAUGCUCCUCUCUUAACUUCAUCCUAUACGGAAACAGAAAUGGAAUCGGUGUAGCUUUCCAUCUUGACUUCAGUGCCCUGGGCCAGCCUCUGUGUAAGGGAAUAUGGAGCAUUGACUCUAGUUCCAGCGACUAUGAGACAUGGCGUCCAACGGAUCCACAUGGUAACCAGUGUCUGCUUGGUCGUAAAAUGGCCUACAAGCGCCGCAAACAAGCUUCGGAGUGUUUCAAUGGAAAGGAAUUCAAGGCUACUGUGGAACGUGAAGUCUGCACUUGUACACCGGAUGACUACGAAUGUGAAAUCGGUUUUACACGAGCAAUCGGUAGCAACACAUGCCGUGUUGACGGCACAUGGUUGAUGCGCGAAGGUUGUACGUCCUCGAGCUUCUUCUGGGCGGAUGCAUACCGCAAAAUUCCAGGUGACGUUUGUGCAGGUGGUUGGACGCCACGCCCGGUUGCUGUGCCAUGCCCCCCGCACUCUCCGCUAUCAAAGGGCAGCAAGAUGGUACUUACCACGAUCUUGGUCCUCUCUUUCAUCAUGAUGGCCAUCGUUUAUAUCUCUCACAACGACAAAUUGAAGCACCUCUUCCACAACUACGGUUUCAAACAGUUCGGAUACGUUGCCUACUCACCUGUCAAUGCCAAGAAAGCUAUGCAGCGCGGUUCAGGACUCGGUGGCCGAUUUGAACCAGAACUUGGGUUUAUUGACGCGGAGCAGGAACAGGACGAACCCACAUUGCUUAACUAUUUCACUGGCAAUCGGGCAGCUGCAAACUCCAACCAGCAACCCCAAGCAAGGGGUGAACAGCAGCAAAUCGAACUCUUGUGA